AAUUAAUAAUUAAAUUUAAUAAUAAUUAUAAAUGGUAAAGUUUUGUCCACAAUUAUUGUAAGUUGAAAUUAAGUUUUUUAUUCAGUUUUGAACAUGACCGUAUGCCACACCGAUAGUCGAUCAAAAUCAAAAUCUUGUCGAUCAGUCAAGUCCCGACUCUCGAUUCACUUCACAGUCGGUGCUUUGCUUUUGAGGUUGAGUUGAGUGUUGAUUCAGUUGCAGUUCUCAGUUCUUGGUUGUUGGUGGUCGAGUGGUUGAAUCAAAUCGAGUUACAUUUUAUCGGGUUUGGAAUCGGCUUCUCUGCUCAGCUCAGAAUUUAGAAUAGUCCGCAGUCCAACUCCGAACCGAAGCCCGAACAGUGUUUAGUGCAGAGUGAAGUUACAGUGUUGUGUUCAAUGUAGAGGUAGGUCAAAAGUGUGUUCAAUGAUCAAUAUUGUUGCUGGAUCAGUUUCCAAAUUCAUGUUAUUUGUUCUUGUUUGAGCAGUCUGUGGAACAAAUUAAGAGAUGUUUUACUUUAUUGACAAAAUUACAAUUGAAACGGACUGGUCUGAAGUUGUUGAUUACUCAUCGCAAGCUGGCAUAGUUCUAUGCAAAUAAGAAAACGUGGCAGGCAUGUCGGCCGGCCAACUGGUGCCUGUGCUGGCUGGCCCCCCCAAUGCGACCGUGGGAGGAGGCGGGGGUGCAGGAGGGGGCGUGGGACCCGGCAUUGAGCCCAAAUUCGACCCCUGCUACCAUCAGGACCGGCACAGCCACAUCGAUCUCGUCAUAGCUGUGCCAUGUGCCAUGUAUCUGCUCUUCGGCACUAUUUACUUUUUGUUUGGUUACCGUUGUUUUAAGGCUGUUAUGUUUUUGACUGGUUUUGUGUUCGGUUCUGGGAUUGUCUACCUGAUCUGCAUACAAGACAAAAUGAUGCCACCCUAUUGUAAUGUUGGUGUGGCGCUAUCAGCCGGUCUGCUGCUGGGCCUGAUUACGAUGCUCGUGCAGUACGUAGGCUUGUUCAUGACCGGCUUCCACACGGGACUGCUGCUUGGAAUUGCUGCGCUGGCUUUUUCUGAGCCUUACUACAAGCCACCCACUCUGCUCGCUGUCAUUGGAUCACUGCUUGGUUCUGGACUACUGUUUGCCAUACUAAACUUGCAGUUCCAGAAAGUGUUGACGAUAAUCGGCACAUGCGUGUACGGGGGUGCUAUCGUGUCUGGCGUCAUGGACUACUUUGUGGAGAACCUGGCGAUGGUGGGCUGGCUGUGGGGGCGGGUGGUGCAGAGGCGGUCGAGUGCCGCUUCCAGUGUUGCCAGCGCCUCCAGUGCUUCUGCCGCCUCCGAGCCCUGCUGGUUUGGCUGGCUGAUACUUGGCUUUUGGCCGGCGCUUGUCAUGCUCGGCUUGGUCGUACAGUGCUCCAUCACUGGGCGAGGCAUACAUCACCAACAGUUGGUGCACGUGAAGAGACAUCACCACACGAAUCCCAACCGGGUGAGGGUGCGCACACGCGAACAGAGGGCCGAACUCAGGCAGAAGAAGUAUCGUUACCUAUACCAAAUACGAACAGCCCACGGCGAUGUUAUUAGUCAGAACUACGUACAGGCUCUUCAGCGGAAAGUGAUUUCUGGUCCAGGGGGGAACGGAUGCAAUGGAGGGGAGAGCUCAACCCUGCAGUCGGAUGCCACACAUCUCACCAUAUUGCCUGGCGAGCACCACCCCAACUCCAACAUGCCAUAUCCGCAUGACGACGACAUACACUAUCGAUAGUCCCGGCUCCAUCACUCAUGUGUUGUUGGUCUGUUAACACUCAGAAUGUGCCGAUUUAUGUGCAACCGUAACUUGGGUUAAGCUAAACUUGGUUUAAUUUAAAUUUAGUUCAGCCUAAACUUGGUUUAAUCUAAAUUUGGUUUAAUAUAAACUUGGUUUAAUCCAAACUUGGUUUAAUCUAAACUUGGUUUAAUCCAAACUUGGUUCAAUUACAACUUAGUUUCAUUCAAACUUGGUUAUAUCUAGACUUGGUUUAAUCUCAAUAUUCAGAUUCAACCCAAUUUUAGUUUUACUAAAUCUUUGGUUUAUUCCAAACUUGGUUUUACUAAACUUGGAUUGAUCUCAACCUUGUUCAAGUCAAACUUGGUUUUAACCUAAACUUAGGACCGAAUUCUCCAAAACUAAAACUUAGUUUGAGUGUCAGUUGAUUCUAAAUAAAUAAAAAAUCAUAUAACAAAACCAAUUCAAAAUCAUCUAACUUAGAGCCAACUUUCGCACAAACCUAGUUUCCGUUUUUGGUGAAUUUGGGCCUUAGUUUUAGCCAAACUUAGUUUCAACCCAAUCUUAGUUUUAUCCAAAGGCUUAUUCCAAAAUUGGUUUUAGUCAUUUGGUUCUAGUAAAACCUGGUUCAAUUCAAACUUGCUUUGACUAGUCAAACCUGGUAUCAAAACUACAUCUGACUAGCCAAAGUUGGUUAAAGUUAAACUUGGUGUAAGCCAUACUUCGUCUGAUUUCAGAAAAAAACGAAAACCAGGUUAGCAGACAUUUGAAAUAGGCAGACUUUGAAACUGGACUUUUAAUAUGAUUUUUUGUUGGUUUAGAACCGACUGCCGUUCAAACCUAGUUUUCGUUUUGGUGAAAUUGGCAAUUAGCUUCAGUCAAUCUCAUUUUAGGUGUGUAUAAUCUAAACUUGGUUCAAGCUUUACCUGGUUCUAACAAGAUUUUUGUUCAAUCCAAACUGAGUUUAGUCUAACCUACAUUUUUAUUUUAGCCAAAGUCAGUUCAAGUAAUACUUGUUUAACUAAACUACUGUUUCAAGCCAAACUUUGUGUAUUAUCUAAUAUUGAUUCUAGCUGAACCUGGUACAGAAUUCUUUUCAGCUAAAACUGAUUGGCAUACGGCCCUGGGGCCCUGAUUUGAUGUCGUGUAAAUGAGAGUGACUCAACUACAUACCGUGACUGUGCUGUGUUGAAUAUAUUAUUUAUUUUAGUGACGUAGACAGCUCGCACAUAAUUGAGCACACUUGUGAUGAUAAUACUGUAUUUUCAAGUCCAUUCUAUUUAUAUGGAUAUAUAUAAAUAGUUGUAGCUGUAUUAUAUUAAAUAUGUAUCUUAAUAAUAAUGUUUAUCUCAGAGGAAAACAAUGAGUGAUUGGAUUUAUAUUGCGCGUAUAAUUGUGGUGCUAAAACGUGACUGUGAUUGUGGUUGGUUGUAAAUCUUUUCGGGGCGCUUUGAAGAAAUCUGGUUUGAAACUUUUAGUUUCAAAACAAAAUGUGCGACGAUUUUGUGUGACAAUUGGAGUGGGCAAACCAUUACUGCUCAUAACUUUCAGUAGCCAAACCUAGGUUAUUUGUUUCUCGAAUAUUGAGCUCAAAUUUUUCAAAACUCAUUGUUUUGCCAAGAAAAUAGAUAGCCCUUUUAGCCCAGGGCAGCCAAUUUUUUUGUGGGAUGGUUCCCAGAUUAUUGUCUUUAAUGGAAGGCUUUUGAUUUUUGUACGAUUUCAAGCAAAACAUGUUUUGUAAAGAAUAAUGUUCAUGUAUAAUUAUCCUUAAUCACUAUUAUACAGAUAUUUGGUACUCUAUACUGCCAUUUUACCUAGUGAUUAUACUUGCUGCUACUUUUGAUUAUUCAAGGAAUUUAUAUGUAAAAGCGCAUCAGUUCUAUUCAUGGAAUUCAUACUUGAAAUUUCAUAAGCUCUAUUUAUCGAGUAAACAUGAAAUCUAUGAUUGUGCUAAAGUUUGUAAGAUCUAUUCGUGAAAUUUAUAUGCGAAAGUUCAUAAGUUAUACAAGACUUUGUCAAGACUAUUCAUUCAAUAAUCCCCCUACUCCUAAAUUAUUAUUAAAGACAGAUUUAAUUAUAUUUCAGUUGAAAUGUACUGUAUUUUUUUAAUUUCAUGGUGCUAAUCUUCAAUUUCAAAUCAUUAUGUUGUAUUUCCAUUUUCAACCUUUUUCAUUGAUAGUACCAUUAUCUUUGAAAUGACUGAUUCUUACCUUGAUAAGGUAAAUUAUUUUUGUUAGACAUAUUAAUAUUACGGUACUAUUCUUUGAAAGUAUGACAUGUCCUAUUAUGUAAUUUCCCUAAAAGCCUUGAAUUUAUUAUUUUUUGUAACUUUUGUGGGGUUUGUUUCUCAGCAAUGUAUGACUGGAAGAGCAAACUAAUUUCUGAAAUGAAUAAUCGCACAAAUAACGAUCAGUUCAGACAAAAGAAAAUUGAAGAAACCUAAUUUUAAGUGAACUAGUUUACUAUUUGUUGAUUCCAAUUUGAACAAAUCAAAAAUACGUACCUAACAAUAAUUGUUAGGUAUUAAUUAUUAAAAAUAACUCUUUUAUGUUCCCCAAUUUUUUCUUCAGCGCUCAUCCAAGUUGAUGAAUUUCAAGUUGUACACUAUUUUAAAAAUUCUUUAGCACAAUCUAUUAUGAAAUUGUCGAUUUCAAAUACUACUCCUCUGGAGACCGAACGUGAUCUCUGCAUACAAAGACACAAUUAUUCUGAUUCUACUAGUAACCUAAUGCUAUUUUAUAUAAUUUAGACAUUAUUUAUUGUAGUUAAUGUCAUUUCUGUUACAUGUGUUUUAUGCAUCACCUUCAUGCUUUUGUUGUGAUUUAUGAUUGAAAAUCGGUGUAUUAAUUAGUUUUACAAUGUUAGUUAUUGUUUUGCUAGAAGUCGUGUUAGUCUCACAACCACUUUCCGAGAUUCAAACUAUUCAUAGUUGUGAGUUUCUUUAAGAUUUUCCAUUUUAUUCCUUAAAAAUUAUUCCAAUUGUUUGCAACUAUUGUGCGAUUUUAGUUAUUUAAUGAAUUAAAUUAUUUGACAAUCAUUCCAAUCCAAGCUGUUGAAAAUUGUGAUUGUGAUAUGUUAUCUCGAUACGGAUUUCAGUAAAGUGGGAAUUGAUGGAGUGUUUAUGCUGAAAUUGCACUGGAUUACUGUAUAUGAAAUCACAAAUUGAAGAACACGAUCGAUUUUUAAAUCUUGUUCAUUUUUUGUUGUAUCGUUAUUUUCAUCAAUUUUUGUUAUCUUGAAAAAAGUAAAUAUUUUUUUCUAUUCGAUAUUGGUUUUCUUAAUUUAAUAACUCAAUAUUGAUACAGUAGUAAACUUAUAGUCUGUGUAAAAUAAGCUGGGACCUUGUUCUCCAUUCGAAGAAAUUGCAGGGUUGGCAAAUCGUGUAAAAUUUCCAAUUUAACGUCAGAAUUGGAUGUAGAAUAUCAUCCCCGAUAUCCCAGUAGUGCUAAAAAAGUUUUAGGGUUGAAGGAUUAAUAGAAAAUUCCACUUUUUUGAUGAAAUUGGAAACAUCCAAUGUUUAUCUUUUGAAUGUCACUUCCUUCAGAAUCAUGGGGCGUCGUGAUGUGUAAGACUUAUAUCAAAAUAAUGGGGAGAAUGUCUCCUUUCUAUUGGUGUCUGUGUAAUUUUUAUUCAGAGAGUUGAAUUUCCUUUUAAUCCUUCAACCUUAAAACUUUUUUAACACUACUGGGAUAUCAGGAAUGAUAUUCUACAUCCAAUUCAGAUGUUAAAUUGGAAAUUUGAGAUUGUUGCAAUUUUACACCAUUUGGCAACCCUGCAAUUUCUUCGAAUGGAGAGCCAAGUCUCAACUUAUUUUACACGGACUUGGAAUUUUCUGUGCGAUAUUAUCAUUGUAUACAAAAUUGUUGAAUUAUUUGUAAUCGAGGCACAACGGCCUGUUUAUUUUGAAUUAAUAAAUGUAAUUAUUUAAAUUGUUCUUUUUGAAUUGAAAUCAUUUUGUAAUGAACACGAUUUUCCACAUAAUACGUCGACUAUAUCCAAUUUAAUUUAUGAUUACUCUCCAACCUCGAGUAGUGUGUUCAUUUUAUUAAUUUCAGCACAUCACAUAUAGCUUAUUUUUUGUAAUUCGGAGAUUGAAUCUUUAAGCGGCAGGCAGGUUGUGUAAUGGGGUUGAAUUUAUGGAUGUAUUCUUAUAAUAAUCUGUAUGCAAGUUGUGUAUAUGAUAUAAUAAUGUAAAUAGGUAUUAAAUAUUUUACUAUGUACAAGUUAUAAUAUGUAACUCAUUAAUUGUUUAUCUGUGA